AUCAGGUGUACAACUGGUAACUUUACUACUGUUCUGAGGACAGACAGUGGCCACAGUCACCCUGUUCAGUUUACUUUGACUUGCUGACCCAUCAGGUGAGGACACACUUACCUGUGCUCUGUCUGCAGAAUCAGAGGAGGAUUUUUCUCCUGAGAGGUUGUUAAUCUUCCUGGGGUCCACAUAAAAUCAUCCAUGCACAAACAGCGUCCAGACAAAUAAACAAACAAACAAACAAGCACUGGCAGUCAGUCUAAACAAAAUUACAUGAUUAAAAAUCAAAAUACUCAACAUAUCAGAUAACUUAAACAGAGUGGAAACAAUAAUCUAAUGCUGAGGGUUAAAACAAACACAUCCUGGCAGGUGGUCUCAGAGGGUGACCUCUCAUCAGUUUCUGUUGGACAAAAAAAGAUUCAUGCAUGUUACAUGUUCAUGUUCACCAAUGCUCAGCUCACAAAUGCUUUUAGUAAAUUAACUGAUAAUACAUUGUGCUUUAACUGAAUUAGAGAGUUCAGAAUUUUACUUUUAGUGGGAUAUUUUUACAUUGUGAUAUUGGUGUUUUCAGUUAAGUGAAGGAUCUGGAUGCUUAUCCCACCGCUGGUUUAACAACUAACCCUCGGUUUCAUUAAGGUUUAGUGUGUGAAGAGAUCACAGCCAAGCUUUGUGUCUGUGAGGCUGAUUUCUCGGCGGGAACAGGGAUUAAUAUGAACUAAAGAUGUUUAUAAAGUUGUACUAACGACGUUUCCAUAAUCGUAGGUUAAAAAAACACGAUUUAAGAGAUUUAACGGUUUAUCAGACGGACUUCCUGUUGAAUCGGGAGGACAACUGAAAACAAAAACAACCGGAAGUAGUAGUGGUUGGAGUGACGGCGGACCCACCCAUUCACGCUCAGCUACGCACGUUUAGUGGGCUGGGGUGAGUUACGCUCAUUCUCAUAUUCGCUAACUAAGAUACGUACAGAAGUGACGUCUCACUGUGUCUCCGUACGUACGAGGCGUUUACGCAGAAUAGUAGCUGUCAAUCAAAGGACAUUUAAAUGGCCACACUGUACAGAGCCGUGUACCGUACAGCACCGUAAUAACACUGCUACGGUGACAUUUUGUUAGCCAGCUGCGUAAACAGCGUCUGUUUCUCCAGUCGGUGUCUCUCUCCACCCGGUGUUCCCGCGUUUUGUUCGCUAGGUUUGUUCGUGAAGCCGCAAAAUGAGCGACGAGGACGAGUUUUUGCAGAAAGCCCGAGCCGGGUUUGAGGAUCUGUGUCGGGCUCUGAAUAUGGACGAGGAGGCGAGCACCGAGGCGUGGAAGACCUACGAGAACAUCAGCAGGAACUUUACACUGGAGGGCAGUGAGCUGCACUGGCUGGCCUGUGCUCUGUACGUGGCCUGCAGGUCCUCGGUGCCCACGGUGGGGAAAGGCACCGUUGAGGGGAACUACGUCUCUCUGACCAGAAUCCUACGCUGCUCAGAAAUGAGCCUGAUCGAGUUCUUCAACAAGAUGAAGAAGUGGCAGGACAUGGCCGACCUGCCUCAAGACUUCCGUCAGAGCACCGAGAAGCUGGAGAGGAACUUCACCGUGUCGGCCGUCAUCUUCAAGAAGUACGUUCCCAUCUUCAAGGCCAUCUUCAAGGCGCCGUCUGAGGAGCCCCCCCGAGUCCACCGCAGCCGCAAACAGAGACGUCACCCCUGCACCGUGACUGAGGUCUUCAACUUCUGCUGGGUUCUGUUUGUCCACGCUAAAGGGAACUUUCCCAUGAUCAGUGACGACCUGGUGAACUCGUACCAUCUGCUGCUGUGCGCUCUGGACCUGGUCUUCACCAACGCUCUGCUGUGCCACGCCAGGAAAGACCUGCUCAACCCAGACUUCACAGGUCUACCUGAGGACUUCAGCAGUAAGGACUACAGACCGUCCUCAGGUCCGUACUGCUUCAUAGAGCAGCUGUGUGAGCUGCAUGAGGGGCUGGUGCUGGAGGCCAAGGGGGUCAAAGAGCACUUCUGGAAACCCUUCAUCAAGAAGCUCUUCCACAAGAGGAUCCUCCGAGGGAAGGAGGACAGUCUGACUGGAUUUCUGGAUCCCAUGAACUUUGGAGACAGUUUCUUGUCUCUCAGUCGGGUCUAUGAGGAACAUGUUCUGGCGACCGGCAGUCUGGAUGAGAGGAUCUUCACCGGUGAGGGGGCGAGCGAGGACAUCGGCACCCCGGGGCCCUGCCUCUGUGAGGGGGUGGAGAACCAGGACAGCGCCACCUACAGGCUUCACACCAACCUCACUGCCUCAGCUCUGAAGGUCUCCACUCCUCUGACAGGGAGGAAGUACGUUCAGGAGAACAGCCUGGCCUCUCCGGUCUCAUCCGCCAUGAAGAGUGUGGGACGUCUCCACACUCUGCUGUCGGGAACCAAACAGGGUCCGAGCCCUAAACUCACAGAGACUCUCAGGACCUGUGCCAGAGACCCUAGUGAUGUCAUCAGUAAGCGUCUGAAGGACAUGUUUGACCUCUUCUCUCAACAUUAUGAGAAGAGUGGUGCGGAGAAACGGGGGAUGGGUAAAGACAUGGCAGUGAAGUAUUUCCACCUGGCAGAGGCGCUCUACUACAGGAUCCUGGAGUCCAUCAUCGAGAGGGAGAAGAUGAUUCUGGGAGACGCUGACCUGUCUUGUAUUCUGGAGCAGGACAUCUUCCACCGCUCUCUGCUGGCCUGCUGCUUGGAGAUCGUCACCUUCUCCUACAGACCUCCAGGAGACUUCCCCAACGUGAUCACCAUCUUCCAGCUGCCUGCCUAUCACUUCUACAAGGUGAUCGAGGUGUUGGUGCGCUCGGAGCAGGGUCUGUUCCGGGAGGUGGUGAAGCACCUGAACCAGGUGGAGGAGCAGGUGCUGGAGAGUCUGGCCUGGAGCAGAGACUCCCCGCUGUGGGAGAGUCUCCGUGGGGCCAAAGACCUGGUCCCAGCCUGUCAGGAGGUGAUGCCUCCUCAGUACCUGGAACAAAAUGAUGACAGCAGCACAGGCAGCGUUCCCAACACACCUGUGAACCACGGACCUGAACUCAACACCAACAGCACUGUCAAAGGAGUGUCCCCCUCCCCCACCACUCUGCUGGACCGUUACAGCUCCUCCCCCACCGGCACCGCUCGCCGCCGCCUGUUUGUGGACCCGGUGGACGGUGAGACCAGAGUCACCUCCACCAGCAGCACCAGUACCACCAGCACAACGCCAACCGGUGUGACCAAGACCAGACAGGCCAGCCUGGUCACAGCUAUCCCAGCUGGGCAGACUGUGGUCACCAUGGCAACCGCCACCGUUACCGCCAACAACGGGCAGACGGUCACCAUACCUGUGCAGGGUAUAGCCAAUGAGAGCGGAGGAAUCACCUUCAUCCCCGUCCAGGUGAGUGUGACCGGACAGGGCGGAGCCACGCUGCAGCCGCUGUCCGCCCAGACUCUGACCGGCACCCUAACCGUCCAAUCAGCUGUGACCAAGCCAGCUGCCAAACCAGCGAGCAGUCCUCUGAGAAAAGGCUCGCUGUCCCUGUUCUUCAGGAAGGUGUACCACCUGGCCAGCGUUCGUCUCAGAGACCUUUGUGCGAAGCUGGACAUCUCAUCUGAGCUGAGGAGGAAGAUCUGGACGUGUUUUGAAUAUUCUCUGGUCCACUGCACGGACCUGAUGAUGGACCGUCACCUGGACCAGCUCCUCAUGUGUGCUGUUUACGUCAUGGCAAAGGUGACCAAAGAGGACAAAUCCUUUCAGAACAUCAUGAAGUGUUACCGCAGCCAGCCUCAGGCCAGCAGCAACGUAUACAGGAGUGUGUUGAUCUCAGGGAGGAGGAAGCGUCACUCCGGCACCAACGACACAAACAAACAGAACUCGUCUCCUGACACCAGUCUGGAUCCAGCAGGUGGAGACAACAGUCCAGUACCUAUUCGCUCCAGCAGCACCUUGCCUGCCCCCCAGCCUGGCAGUGCCCCCUCCACACCCAACAAGAACCCCUCCUCGUCUUCCUCAGCGGAGGAGGAGCGAGGAGACCUGAUCCACUUCUACAACAACGUUUACAUCAAACAGAUGAGACUGUUUGCUCUGAGAUACUCCCCCAGCUCCCCCUCUGCAGGGGUGGAGUCCCCCUCCCUCUGUCCGUAUCCCACCCUGAGAAUCGGCUCUCCUCGUCGGAUGCUUCUGUCCAGCAAACACUCCAUCUACAUCUCACCUCACAAGACAGGCUCCGCCCCCUCGCCAACAACCCCCCGAGACAAGAUCUACUACUACAUCUGCAGCAGCCCCCCCAAUCGUCUGCAGGAGAUCAACAGUAUGAUCCGGACUGGGGAGACCCCCACCAGGAAGCGCAGCAUGCCUCUGGAGGACGAGACGUCCCCCAAGAGGGUGUGUCCUGACAAUCACUCCGCCCUGCUGCGCCGCCUGCAGGACGUCGCCAAUGACCGCAGCUCCUCCCACUGAGAUCACACACACAUUGAAUACACACGUCACACACACACACACACUCUCAUACUAUCACCACAGUGACACACACUCCAGGUCAGAGGUCAGACUCUUCAGGAGCAUUUUGGUCACUCGUGAAUUUUAUAGAACUUUAAAUAAUAAAUCUGCAGUCAUGUGAUCACAUGUUGUUCACAUGUUGGUCACAUGUUUGUCACAUGUUGUUCACAUGUUGUUCACAUGUUGUUCACAUGUUGGUCACAUGUUGGUCACAUGUCUGACCAACAGGAAACAUGGAGGAGAAACAUUUGACCAGAGAAACACUGAGGUGUAAAAACGAAACCAGAAACAGACAAAUAUAUCUGAACAGGAAGAACCAUCUCACUGUUACCAUGGAAACAGACUGUUGUUUUAAUACAGACCUGAUUCAAACUAAUUUCAUUUCAUUCAUCAUUAAUUAACUGAACUGAAUUCUGACGAAAAUAUCAGGAUGUUUAUAUUUUUUUUGAAGUUCUGUAAAAUUCACUCUGAAAACGACCAAAGUGAAAAAAAAACAGAUUUCUGUCUGUUGCUUUAAAAAGUUAAGACAUUCAUUUUUAAGUUUUCCAGAUGUUUGUGUGUGUUUGGUUUGAACUGAGGCUCCUCCUCGGGGACAGGUGAGUCCAGGUGACUUACACUAACACAGUCAGCACCUGGAGCUGCAGCAGUGACUGUGACACACAUCAUGGAGGAGGUUCAGGUCCUGAUGCUGAACCUGUCCCUCCAGAAUAAAGCUCCACAGAAACAGAGUCUGUAGAACUUCAUAGAGAAUCCUCCUGUUUCUAAGUUUCUUCAGUAUCUCAGUAAAACAUCAUGAUACACUGCAGACAGCUGAUCGAAGCCGCUGUUUACAUCCCCCAAUGCAUGAUGGGAAGUGUAUUUUAAAAACCUAGAGCUGGUUAUGUCCCUGACAGUUGAAGCCUCUGGUUUGAAUUAAUGAUCAGUCUUGAUGAUCUUCUUCGUGUCCCUGUGACAUGUCAGUGUGUGAAUCUCUUCAUUCCGUCCAUUUCCUCUGAAACAGGAAGUUUCCUGGGCUUUUAUUCUGAAAGUUUUCUACUAGAAGUUCCUUCCUGAAGUGAAGGCGUGAUGACGUGUCGUCCUGCUCUGAUGAUUUCUUUUACUCUGACUUUAUUCAACUUAACUGAGAGAUUUAGUUUCUGUGUUUCUAGAAAACUAAAAACAAAACUCUGAUGUAGUUCCCGUCAUUGUUAAACUGGUUCACCAUCGUGGCACCAGUUAAAGGGCUUCAGAUGAAUUAUGUCAUGUGAUUAAAUCUGAUCUUCAUCUUCACACCAGCAGAUGAUUUAAAUGUGUUUGUCUGGACAGUCGUCCUCCUGUUCUCGUGUUUGACCCCGACUGUCUGAGACGAGGACUCGUCUGUAAAUAUCUGUACAAAGAGAAGAAACAUAUUUUAUGGAGGUUGAUGUAAGUUAAGUGCCUUUUUUUUACUCCUGAAUCUGUUUGUUAGUUAGUUUGUUGUUUACAACCAACAAACUUCACCUUUAUUAAAUUUUCUUGAUUGUAAAAAAAGCUGAUGUAAUAAAAAGUUGAAAGUGA